CAAGAAAAACAAAGCUAGCUAGAUAUAGUGAGCGGAACAUGUUUGCUACAAGCUCUCCCGCGGUGCUUAUUUUCUGCAGCCUCUGGUGUCUAGUUUUGCCCUGUGUAGCAGUGCCUAGUCUAGUCUCAAACCAAGAGAAGUACAAAGCUGCCAAGCUACCUGACUACAAGGAUGCUGAAGGGAUAAAUCCCCAUCAAUACUGCCUAGGACAAGUGAACCAUUUUGUACAUAGCUGGAAACUGAAGAACUAUCGAAAAAGACAAUUUCAAGUUGGACAAAUACGAAGUGCUGGUACUGUGUUUCAAUUUCUCCUGUUGCUAUUGUUAUAUGGAGGGUUGUGUGUGGUCUGUAAUGUUGGUGCAGUAGUUGGACUUGGAGUUGACUGUAUGACAGCAAGCGAACAAUUUGAUCAGUUCGGAAGUGCUUUCUUUCCUGUCAAAAGAAUAGUUUUGCUUUUUGUAAUAACAAGCAUACUAUCACUACAGCUAUGGACUAUGAGAGCUUUCAAUACUAGAUCUAGUGGCAAAGCAACUAACAGAAAUUGUCAGAAAAAAUGCCGUCAGAGAGCUGGAAUAUUGUCUUUUACUAACUGUUUUUGUAUGCACGAAUUGUUGUUGAUAAUGUGUGGAGAUGUUGAGCUCAAUCCUGGGCCUGCAAAAAUAGAAAGAUCUACUACAACAACUACAACAGGUCCUCUAGACACGGAAAAACCAGCACAGGAGUCUACUGCACCUCUAGCCAGACGAAGUGAGAAUAAUGCAAUUGAAACAACUGCUGACAAUAUUCCUACUGUACCUGAGGAUCGACCUGUAUUUACUGGUCUAGAACCUUUGAUGGAUAAUUUACGCCUUGAAACAGGUCCAGUCGAAAACAAGACAGCACAUAGAAAAUUUGAUCCUAUAGCAACUUUGCAAGAGCCGAGGAUAGACCCAGGCAAUAAAGUUGUACCUAAGCCUUUCAAUCAGCAGCACAAUCUAUCACAAAAAGUUCUUGAGGGUGAUAGUGACAGCUUAGAUCCAAGUAAUUACACUGAAGAAAGUCCAGUCAACGGAGACACCUCACGUGACGAAUUGGCAGCUGAAACUGUAGUUGAAAAACAUUGGGAACGCAUGAAAGAAAUGUUCCCAGAAAAAAGUAAAUUCAAAAGAUCGAACCCUACGGAAGCAUUCAACAUUCUUCGCAAUGCUAAUGAAAAUUUUAGGAAAGAUAAACAAGAUGACCCACCAUGUAUUCGAUGUGGCCAGGAAAAGCCAAAGCCAACUAAAGGGGGGAUACUAUCUCAUAUUUUUCCAGAGUCAAUGCUAAAACUAGUCCGAAAAGUACAUUGUGAAAAUGAGAGAAGAUUCAUAAAUGACCUUUCUACAUGUACACACACAUAUAGACACAUGCAAGCCAGUGAUUAUGCAUACUAUCUUCAGUGUUCCGCGUGUGAAUGUACAAUGAUCCAGAAUCUCAUCUAAAAAAUGUAUAUUUACUCCUGAUCGCUAACAGAGAAGAAGUGAAAACAUCGGUCGCUUAUGAAAAAGUGGGCAAAAUAGUCACUGACAAAAUGAGAGCAAUAAUCACUGAAAUAAUGAAAGCAAAAGUCACUGAAGAAGAAGUGAAAGCAAUGGUCGCUAAAGUAACAAAAGCAAUAGUUGCUAAUGAACAAAUGAGAGCAACGAUCGCUAAAGUAGUGAGAGCAAUGGUCACCAGUGCAGAAGCGAGAGCAAUGAACCCUAAUAAUGAAGAAGUGAGAGUAAUAGCCGCUACAUUUAAUACAGAAGCCGUGACAUCAAUGGUCGCUACUGCAGCAGAGAGAGCAGCAAUGGUUGCUGAAGAAGAAAAAGUAAAAGCAAUAGUUGAUAAAAUAACGAGAGCACUAGGUACUGAAAUAGUGAGAGUAAUGGUCGGUAAUCAAGAAAUAUUUGCUAAAUUAACGAGAGCAAUGGUCACUGAAGUACAGAGUGCAAUGGUCGCUGAUGAAGUAAAGAAAGCAAUAGUUGCUGAAGUACAGAGUGCAAUGGUUGCUGAAGAAGUAAAGAAAGCAAUAGUUGCUGAAGUACAGAGUGCAAUGGUUGCUGAAGAAGAACAAUUGACAGCAAUGGUCACUAAAGAAGUGAGAGCAAUAGUCGCUAAUAAAGUGAGAGCAACAGACCCAUCAACAUCAAUAAAGGAAAGGUGGCUACCUUACGCACUUGUGAACAUCAUGUACAGAGGAGUUUUAGUAUGCGCUUCAAUCGACAGAAUUUUGGAUUUAUACCAAGAAAAAUUCAUCAAAUUAUGGGAAAAUGUUCUAGGAUAUGGUACUACUACAGAAGUUCGCCUCUACAUACUGCCAAAUCGUCCCUUCAUAACAAAUAAUAUUCACUUCAUGAAUGUAAUCGAGGUACUGCUAAGAAAUCCCACACCCACUAAGCUAUAUACAUGUACAUGUAAGUCUAAGGAUGCAGGGGACUUUUUGUAUACAAUUUUCGACUGCUCAUUUAGUUUUACCUCUUUGCACGACAAGUAAAGGAUAUUUUGACCGGUACACAAGUGUAAACAUAACAGAUGAUGAAGUAUAUCUCAAAAGAUGCCAAUAUAAAACUCAUGUCACAGGUAACUGUGACUCCAGCAAAUACUUUCCACCUGUUCUUCACGGUGUUUGUAUGGACAGUUUUAACGCAUGGGUACAGAAACUGGCAAAGACUGAUGAUCCCUUAAAAUCCACUAAGUUAAACCAAUCAUUGAUACUGGCCGAAAUGUAUCCCGAAAAAGAUCCAUAUCCAGAGUCAGAGGACCCUCGUCCUUCAAUACAGGAACAGCAAACAUCCAACGAUUGUAUGUACUAUAGUCCUAAUGGGGCAGCUACUAAUGAUGAAAGAGAAUAUACUAAAGAAAAGGUGAU